UUCAAAACAAGGAUUUCGUGGUUCUCGGUAAAAGUGCAAGAUAAAAUCAAAUAAUUGUUCGCUUUUCCUUCGUACCGCGGGUAUUUGGAGGAGGAUCGCAUGGACACGCCAGCGGGGUCGAUACCGGGGAGCGAUUCCUACCUUCUGCAACGGAACGAGCGAAUCUACGCACAAGAGAUCGCACGGGAAAUCCGCGAGCAGAACACCCAAAUUUUCCACCACCAGAAUCGGUUUUGUUGCGCGUAAAAAGGAAUUGUUGAUAUAAGGCUCGUUGUGGUUCCCCCUAAAUGGACACAGAUCACUUCUACACUUCACUGAACCAGAGAACCACACACCGAAUUAUGACUCUCUAAGUUAAGCCACCGCCUUUUGCCACAAGACACUCCGAAACGAGAGCAUUGAUUGACCCGAUCAUGGAGCAGUUUUCACAAGACCUCACGCUGGCGCUGGAAGAAACUUCCCGUACCACUUCCAGCAAAGUUCGCUGGGGUGUCCGACGGCGCACGCGAUCGACGGGAAAUUUACCAUGCGCACCGCAACCGACGGAGGAUAGCUCCAGUAGCCCCACGGAUCCACCGGCCAACAACGUGGUGAUGAAUCAGGCCGAUUCUCCCUGUCUCAGUGGAAGCAACAACCUGGUCCAGAGCGAUUCGGACGAUCGACAUUCCGUGGCGUUUGCCUUCAAGCUACGCCAGACGCCACUAUCGGGGAACUUUGAGUCGGAUUCACUGAACGAGAACUUCAGCCCGGCCAGGCCUAACAUGCGGCGUAAACGAAAGUACAAACGAAUGGCCGUCGAGUAUGAGACGACACCCUCGACGCCACACAUUGGCAGCAGCGCUCUGUUCCCCGUGGCCGGCACAGUGAAGAAGCGUGUAUUCAAACACUCUUGCCCGGAAAACUUUAGGAGCGCCAUGCUGUUUUGUGGCAAGCGCAAGCGUGGCCAGCGGGAUCGGUCGGGGAUGGAUUACGAUUUCUGCAAACAACAUUCCAGCAGUGUACCGCGGCAACGGGAGUUUUUCGGUCUCAAAGGAUCGUCCUACAGCGAGUACCGAAGUCGCAAUCGGGCCGCUUCCUUUUCGGCCAGCCUCAUGAAGUGCGAACGGAUACUUCCGCUCACGAAAACGGUUGUCUCUAAAAUUGAACGGAUAUCCGCCGAUCGAGACCGGGAACGGUCAGCUCGCUUAGACAGUGCACGCCUGGGCCAACCAUCGACGGCCACUCCUGUUGGGAGUGAGUUUAAUUUCUCAAUUCCCCUGCAGCAUCCCAAGCAGCAGCAGCAGCAGCAGCAGCAGCAGCAACAGUCCACCGUUACCUCUCCGAUUGGAGGUCCUUUGGUGGUUCCUGGUGGACAGUUGGUUGCGUCACAGGAUACACCACAGUUUGCUCCCGUGAGCACUGGAGCUCCCGGAAUCAGCCUACCGGAAACGAUUACCCCGCCAGUUGCUCCGUCUGCCGCAUCGUUCCCAUUGCAACGGUUCGCUAUAUCGUCGGCACCGAUCAGCCUGCCGGUGAGCAACAUUUUUGGAGGAACGUCAACACCGACAACAGCUACAGUAGCAACACCAACAGUAGUGCCUACAAUUCCGCUCCAACUAGCACCCUCUGGUGUUGGUGUGUCGACAAAACCGACAUCAAUCGCAUUGCCAUCGUUUGUUGGCGGUGCGAUCGAACAGAAGCAGCAUCCUUUCCGUCCGUCCGGUGUGCAAACGACGAGCCUGCCAACAUCGGUCAAGGUAGCGACGGCGGGUGAACCGAUGGUUGCGGCUGCUGCUACGGGCAGCUAUCCGAAGGAGAAGCAUCGCCACCGCAAAUCAAAGUACAACCGCAAGAAACAAAUGCUCAUGAUGUCAUCGGGCCCGGAAGGCCACGGUCAACUGAUGGAUUGUGGUGGGCAAGUUAAUGACUUCCUCAGCUCCAGCUCGCUAAGCUCGAGCGAUUCCGAAGCCGUCCUGGCCAACGAAACCGAUCACGAGGGUGACGACGAGCUAACGGAUUGGCCAGGAAACGAGGCGAUGAUUACGUUCGCUUCGAAGCACGACUUUCGAAAGGCGUAUCAUGGCACUGGCCAACAGAGGGUGUCCGGUUUGGGCGGCUCUUCUUUUGGCCGCACUCCACUAUCGCUGAUCAGUCAGCACGAGGAUCAGGACUUUGCUGACGAUGAUACGCUCAUGUCGGCCGAUGAAAUGCUAAAUGUUGCGGCAACCACCACCAAUUCCUCGGGAGUGAACACAAUGGCACACCUAAGUGGUGAGGCCAGAGUGUUGAGUGGAUUGCCAGGGCUCGGUCUUACUGCGUCGUCGUUACCAAUCGAAAUCGGCACCGGUGGUGUGUCGGGGGUUGAUGCAAACUUUCUAGUCAAUAACGUGACUCCCACUCUCGCCAACGAGAUACGCGAGAUUCGGGCCGGCUGUCGAAGGAUUCGCGAAGAACGGCCCGGCUUUUCCAUAAUCUCCAGUGUCAAUGAGCUGCUCUCGAGAUUCUUACAAGAUGAUCAGCAACGCGAACUGACGCUACACGAUGUUAACGAGGCCGAGCAUGAUAAGCUGCAGGAUCUGUGUAAGCUGUACUCACUGAAUGCGAGACAAACCUCGGAUGCGGGCAGUGUGGUGGUACUCAGCAAAACGAGCAAUACGAUGCAAUCGGUACGAAUCGACCAGUCGAACCUUCCCAAACGGCUCGGUGAUUUCAAGCGACGCUGCUACGGUAAUGCCGAAGUUCUACAAUUUCCGCAUGGCGGCACGAGUUAGACGGUUUCGCGAUGGUUUAUGUCGAUUUUUUAUGGUUUUAUUUCACUAUCAAUUGUAAAAUGCUCGUAUGAAUAUCAAAUCCCUUCGAUUUGCUUCAUAUUUUCUUUGCGUCUAUCUCGCGGUCACACUGUUCUUGCCCAUUAAAUCGAGUUCUGUUAUCUGUGCAGUUACGGUUGCACACAACGAGACACGCAGAUUUCUUUCCCCAGGUGACAGACGAGUAGGGUUUAAGUUUUCCUCCCGUUCCGUCGAGUAACAUAAUUUUCGCAAGAACCAUCGGAGCCAAGAAGAUAUUUUUACUGCAUUGGACGCGGACGCCCAUGCGAAGAGAGCUAGUUUUGUAAGGUCCUUUGUAGCUGUAAGAAUUUUGCAGAACGCACUAUGAACAACCAAUGGCCAUCAUUCUAUCGUGUGACAACAAACGCUUCUACAUCGUUCUUGUGAACACAAGCACUGCUGCCGCACUUUCUGCUACUAAUAUAUUGCUUUUUCGAUAUGGCAGCCAUUCAGUCGGUCAGUGGUGUGUUGGUCAGAGAAAUGAACGUUGGGAAAGGAAAUGAUCGAACAACGCAUAUUGAAAAUACAAAUGAAUUCAGUUGAAUUGUA